AGAAGGUACCGAGAAGCUAUCCAAGGUUGUAUUCUUUAAUACUUUCUUCUCUUCUACAGAUCUGUGUUUAAUUUCGCACCCGAUUAUUUCUCCAAGUUACAGAAGAAGGAAGAAGUUCCUUCGGGGAUUGCAAAAUUUCAAUCUUUGCGGUUUCUCUUGCGUCUUGGGUUCUUCUCAUUCCGCCGGAUUGCCCCUCGUUAAGCGUUAGGUGGAUUUUGGUCGUUGAUGGGGAAAGGAGGGCAGAAUUACGGUAAGAGUGAGAAAUUGGGGGACGGGAGGAAAUCGAAGGAAGGUUAUUACGCGGCGUGGUCGAGAGAUGUGAAGGAGUGCGAGGAGAAGUAUCAAGUGAGGAAGGAGUACGGAUUGUCGGCGGAGGAGGUCGAGAAACGGAGGCAGAUCUAUGGAUUGAACGAGUUGGAGAAGCACGAGGGGCCUUCGAUUCUCAGGCUUGUUCUGGAUCAGUUCAACGAUACUCUGGUGCGGAUUCUGCUGGUGGCGGCGGUUGUGUCGUUCGUUUUGGCGUGGUACGACGGGGAGGAAGGCGGGGAGAAGGAGAUCACUGCGUUCGUGGAGCCUCUGGUGAUAUUCCUGAUUUUGAUAGUGAACGCCAUUGUUGGAGUUUGGCAGGAGAACAAUGCGGAGAAAGCUCUGGAUGCUUUGAAGGAAAUUCAGUCUGAGCACGCUGCUGUUGUUAGGGAUGGCCGGAGAAUUUCGAGUUUACCCGCGAAGGAGCUUGUUCCGGGGGAUAUUGUGGAGUUAAAAGUAGGGGAUAAAGUUCCGGCGGAUAUGAGGGUUUUAAGCUUAAUCAGCUCGACUCUCAGAGUCGAGCAAGGCUCCUUGACAGGGGAGAGCGAAGCUGUUAGUAAGACGACGAAGCCUGUUGACGAGGACGUCGAGAUUCAGGGGAAGAAGUGUAUGGUGUUCGCCGGGACAACAGUCGUUAAUGGGAAUUGCAUUUGUUUGGUGACACAGACAGGGAUGAACACGGAGAUCGGGCAGGUGCAUAUGCAGAUUCACGAGGCGGCGCAGGGGGAUGACGACACGCCGUUGAAGAAGAAGUUGAAUGAAUUUGGGGAGGUAUUGACGGCGAUCAUUGGCACGAUUUGCACGUUGGUUUGGCUUAUUAAUGUGAAGUAUUUCCUUUCUUGGGAUAUUGUCAAUGGAUGGCCGACGAAUUUCAAGUUUUCAUUUGAAAAGUGCACUUAUUACUUCGAGAUUGCCGUGGCGUUGGCUGUUGCUGCUAUUCCGGAAGGUUUGCCUGCAGUUAUUACGACAUGUUUGGCGCUCGGUACGCGUAAAAUGGCUGCUAAAAAUGCGCUUGUCCGCAAGCUGCCAAGUGUUGAGACCCUCGGCUGCACGACUGUGAUUUGUUCUGACAAGACUGGUACCUUGACGACAAAUCAGAUGGCGGUAUCUAAGCUUGUCGCAAUGGGUUCAGAGGCGACUGUUGUCCGUUCUUUUAAUGUACAUGGAACUAACUACGAUCCAUUUGAAGGGAAAAUCGAGAACUGGCUGAUGGGAAAAUUGGAUUCUAACCUUCAAAUGAUUGCCAAGAUUGCUGCUAUUUGUAAUGAUGCUGAUGUGGAGAAAGCCGGCACCGGGCGAUAUGUGGCCAACGGAAUGCCGACUGAGGCUGCACUUAAGGUUAUGGUGGAGAAAAUGGGACUUCCAAAUGAAUUAAACACCAGCGCGUCUUCGGGUUAUGACGGUGUCUUAAGGUGCUCCCAAACAUGGAGUCAAAUCGAAAAACGGAUUGGGACACUUGAGUUUGAUCGUGAUAGGAAAUCCAUGGGAGUUAUUGUAAAAUCUAGCACCGGGAAAAACUCACUUCUUGUGAAGGGUGCAGUGGAGUCCUUGUUGGAAAGAAGUUCGUAUGUGCAACUCCUCGACGGUUCAAUCGAAAAACUAGAUCAAAAUUCAAAGAAAGCUAUACUGGAAAGCCUUAACAAAAUGUCGACUAAUGCAUUACGAGUUUUGGGCUUUGCAUACAACGAUGACCUCCCGCAAUUUGCCUCAUACAACGGCGAGGAGGAUCAUCCAGCUCAUGAGCUGUUGUUGAAUCCCGCAAAUUAUUCCUCGAUCGAGAGCAACUUAAUUUUUGUCGGCCUGGCUGGGAUAAGAGAUCCUCCUCGGAGAGAAGUUCCCAAGGCACUUGAGGACUGCAGAACAGCCGGAAUUCGGGUUAUUGUAAUCACAGGAGAUAACAAAAAUACAGCUGAAGCGAUUUGUCGUGAAAUAGGUGUGUUUGGGAGCCAUGAAAAUAUCGAUUCAAGGAGCUUAACAGGGAAAGAGUUUAUGGAGCGGUCGAAUGCUGAAAAAGAGGCGCAUUUACGUCAAAGUGGAGGACUUCUUUUCUCGAGGGCCGAGCCUAGGCAUAAGCAGGAGAUAGUGAGGUUGCUCAAGGACUCCGGCGAAGUGGUCGCAAUGACUGGCGACGGGGUGAACGAUGCACCCGCCUUGAAACUAGCUGAUAUUGGUAUUGCAAUGGGCAUUUCGGGGACUGAGGUCGCAAAAGAAGCUUCAGACAUGGUUUUAGCCGAUGAUAACUUCAGCACUAUUGUUGCUGCCGUUGGCGAAGGAAGAUCAAUUUACAAUAACAUGAAGGCUUUCAUAAGAUACAUGAUCUCCUCGAAUGUGGGCGAGGUCGCCUCGAUAUUUCUAACCGCCGCGCUGGGCAUUCCCGAAGGGUUGAUUCCCGUGCAGCUGCUGUGGGUUAACUUGGUCACCGACGGCCCCCCGGCUACCGCUUUAGGAUUCAAUCCUCCGGACAACGACGUAAUGAAGAAGCCACCUAGGAAAAGCGACGACUCGUUGAUCACCCCAUGGAUCCUAUUCCGUUACUUGGUGAUCGGAGCGUACGUUGGGAUAGCGACUGUCGGGAUCUUCAUCAUCUGGUACACCCAGUCGUCGUUCCUCGGCAUCGACCUGAGCGGCGAUGGGCACACCCUGGUGACAUACGCGCAGCUCGCGAACUGGGGGCAGUGCCCGUCGUGGCAGAACUUCACGGCGACGCCCUUCACGACAGCGGGGGGGGAGGUGAUCAGAUUCGACGACGCUUGCGACUACUUCCAGGCGGGCAAGAUCAAGGCGAUGACUUUGUCCCUCUCGGUCCUCGUGGCGAUCGAGAUGUUCAACUCGCUCAACGCUCUCUCCGAGGACGGCAGCCUCCUGUCGAUGCCCCCCUGGGUCAACCCGUGGCUCCUCCUGGCCAUGUCCGUCUCCUUUGGCCUGCAUUUCUUGAUCCUCUACGUCCCGUUCCUCGCGCAGAUAUUCGGGAUCGUGCCGCUGAGCUUGAACGAGUGGCUGCUCGUCCUGGCUGUCGCUUUUCCCGUGAUUCUGAUCGAUGAGGUUCUGAAGAUGAUUGGGAGAUUCACGAGCAGCGUCCGGACGAGAUCUUCGAAAGAGAAGGUAGAGUAAGAGGUUGUCGGAAGGGCUGCGGAUAGUUUUUGGCAAAAGGUUAGUAUAGACACAAUUUAGGCAGAGCUCUUCCUCUGUCCAGAUCAGGAGAGAGAGAGAGAGAGAGAAAUGGCAAGAACUGAUGUGGUCUGAGAGGGAAGAGUUUUGAAAUGUGGAUUUGAUGAAGAAGAUGAAGAUUAUUAUGAAUGAUUGCCUGAUAAUUGUGGGCGACAUUACCAUUACUUUCUUUAUUAUUACACUACUUUCUUUACAUUAUCAUUGUUUAUUUGUUUGUUAUUUUGGAGACAACAUUCUGACGACGCUGAUAGUAAUUUUUGGAAUUUUGUAGUA